CAUAGAGAGGCGAAACCUAACCUCAUUCCUUUCCGGAGAUGGCGGCACUGAGGUCAGUCUCCCAACGAGCCAAAACCAUCCACAGUCUCUUCACACGUCAUUAUUCCCAAUCAUCAUCUUCAACACCACAACAACAAAUCAACGAUAUCUCACGCAUCCUCAGCGACUACCGAAGCCCCCGACACGACAUCGUUUCAGCUCUAACCCCAUUUUCCCAAACUAUAACCGCCGACUUAGUCGAACAAGUUCUCAAACGUUGCAACAAUUUAGGAUUCUCAGCUCACAGGUUCUUUAUCUGGGCUAAAGAUUUACCUAAUUUUACCCCCAGUAAAAGCAGUUACCAAAUUUUGAUUGAUAUUUUAGGUAGAAGUAAACAGUUUCCAUUAGUUUGGGACUUUAUUAGCGAAAUGAAACAGACCAAUUCAUGUGAGAUUGAUAAUGUUAUGUUUUGGAAUGUUUUUAGUGCUUAUAGUAAAGCUAAUUUGCCUUUAGAUGCUAUUAGGGCUUUUAAUAACAUGAUCGAUUACGGCGUCAAACCGACUGUUGACGAUUUGGAUCAGCUGCUGUACGUGCUUUGUAAAAGGAAGCAUGUCAGGGAAGCGCAGUUGUUUUUCGAUAAAGUUAAGCACGAGUUUAGUCCUAGUGUGAAAACUUUUAGUAUUUUAGUGAGGGGAUGGGGGUUUUUGGGCGUGUCGAAAGAAGCGCAAAAGGUGUUUGAUGAAAUGCUUGUGAGAGGAUGCUGUGUGGACGUGCAUGCUUAUAAUAGUAUUCUGGAGUCGUUGUGUAAAGGAGGGAAUGUUGAUGAAGCUCAUAAGUUGUUUCGUGAUAUGAGGCCGAAAGGGCUUGAACCUGACGCGUUUACUUAUUCCAUUUUUAUUCAUGCUGCUUGUGAUGCUAAUGACAUACAUUCUGCUUUUCGGGUUCUUGAUAGGAUGAAACGCUAUAGUCUAGUUCCAAAUGUGUUUACAUAUAAUUCUAUUAUUAAUAGAUUGUGUAAGAACGAUAAAGUUGAUGAAGCGUAUGAGCUUUUAGAUGAAAUGAUUGAUCAAAAAUUGAUACCAGACGUGUGGAGUUAUAACGCUAUCUUAGCUUUUCAUUGUAACCGGUUGGAAGUUAACUUGGCUACUAAAUUGGUAUCUAGAAUGGAUACGGAUUCUUGUGACCCUGAUCGGCAUACAUAUAAUAUGCUGCUUAAGAUGUUGAUUCGAGUAGGGCGUUUUGAUAGAGUCACGAGCUUAUGGGAGAAGAUGGAAAAAAGUAGUUUCCAUCCUUCAGCUUCAACUUAUGCGGUCAUGGUUCAUGGUUUAUGUCGUAAGAGAGGGAAGCUGGAGGAUGCAUGUAGGUAUUUUGAAAUGAUGGUUGAUGAUGGUAUACCACCUUAUUCUUCAACUUGUGAACUUUUGAGGAACAAAAUUAUAGGAUUAGGGUUUCCAGAGCAAGUAGAGAUACUUGCAGGUAAGAUGGAAAGAAGCACUUCUUGUGCUAUACAAGAUCUUUCUGGCAUUAUGAGAGGCAAUAGGAAGAAUAUCAAGUUGAUGAAGGAAGAAGAUAAUUCGGAAGAGAGCGAUUAUUGACCAAGCAAUACUGUUGUCUUUUUGUAGUUCAUUGUGCAAUAUUUAGACUUUAAAGGGAUUUGAAUUCUUGGUUAUCAAGUUAUCUUGAAAGUUAGAGGGAUUUGAAUUCUUGGUUUUCAGUGUUUAAACCAUUUGGAAAAGUUCAGGUAGACAAAUAUGUGUUUAUGGGUCAACCUAGCCCAGGCAAAAGAAAUUUGUUUCAGCAAAGACUGAAUUUGACCCGUUACCCCACCCGGCCAUUUUACCACGUCUAAAAUUCUUGUUUUGAACUUGUGAAAUCUUGCUAAUUUCAGUACUAUACAAAGGCAACGAUUUGUCAAGCAUGUUAUGGUUGGUAAUCUAAAAUCGAUGUGAAUAAUGAGGAGUCUCUUUGCACUUGGGUCUUGAAAACUAUGGACUGAAGAAACGGCCCAUCUUUGGAGAUUUAUAUCAAGCUCGUUUUUCCAACAAACACGAGCACUGUUUUAGCAGCCGAAGAUAGGAUUGUGGAAGUUGAAUGAUUAACCUCUAUUUACACAAAGUGUUGUUAUAAAUCUGCCUCUUGAGAUGUGAAGACAGAUUAUGAGUUUGGCAUGGUAACAUGAAAGCUGCACUAGAUUGUCAUGUAUGGAUUAAAAGCUAUUAUUAUGUGCUUGAAGUAUGUUUAUAAUGUGUUAAGAUGGUGGCAUAGUUACAGUGGGUCUCGAAGUAGCUAAGUUCUUUCUGAUGGGGUUAGAAAUAAGGAGUUGAUGAAACAGUUGAGCAAGGCUCUAGAGUUGGUUUCAUAAUGCGUAGAGGUUUCACUUGUAGGGUUACUUUUGUGACAUCAAAUUGUACUUUUGUUUAUUCUUUUGAUUGAUGUUACCAUGUAAGAAAAGAAUUAGAGUAUUUUGACAAGACUUAAAGUCUUAGAUAUUUUGAAAUAUCGAUUUUAGGGUAUUAAGAAGCCAUUAGGACACAAACCUUUUUCUUUUUAA